CUGGAACAAGUGGCUGGGGAGAGGGAAGUCUGGGCCUCCCUACUUAAGCUGCUACCCCGAUACCCGACCUCGAAUAAGCAGAAGAAAAUGGAUGGAUGGAUGGAUAUUUGUUUUUAUUGUAUAAAAUGCAGAGAAAGGAGCAAGGGACCAAAACAAGUACUUGUAAAUGAUUGAUAAAUGUAGGUCAAUGAUCCUCUCACCUAUUUAGCUGUUUCACUUCCUUAUAUGUUUGUUCUCAAGUAGCUCGUGCAACUCAAUAGUGGUCAACUAGACAAAAAGAAAAACUUUUCUUUUUGUACUUGGAAUAAGAUGGAAACAGCAAAAAUAUGUUUAACCAUCCUUGGAGCCAUGGCAGGUUUAUCUAAUGGAGUUGGUGUGUUACCAGAUGGUCCUCUGAUUGCCUCUGUUGGAGGGACAGCAACAUUCACAACAAACUUGAAUCCAACAGAAACACCAUUUACGUUGGUCAACUGGCAGGUUGAUACUGGUUCAGGACUUGAACUCAUAAUUAUCUCACAGACAACUGGAGACACAACUGCACCAGAAUAUGAAGGCAGGAUCACUCUCUUCAGAUCAACUGGAUCUCUGGAACUCAGGAAUCUGAAACUCAGUGAUAGUGGAGAGUACAUAGUAAGCAUUCAAGAUGGAAUAAAUCAAAAGACAGGACGCACCACACUGAAUGUUUAUGAACCAGUCUCCAAUGUAAAUGUCUCCCCACUAAGUGCAGACCUGAUUGAGUUCAACAGCUCUGUCAGUCUGUUCUGCUCCUCCUCUGGAUCUUCUCUCUCCUUCCUCUGGAUGAAAGACAGCUCUGAGGUUACAGCCAGUGACAGAGUUCAGAUCAACACAAAUGAAGAAAACUCCAAUCUGACAAUAGUAAAUGUGAUCCGAAAUGACCAGGGAUCAUACACCUGCCAUGUGUCUAAUCUUGUCAGUUCUGUCAUCAGUGAUCCAGUAAAAAUCUCUGUUAGUUAUGGUCCAGAUAAUGUACAAAUAGAAGUUUAUCCAUCUAAGGAACAUCAUGAAAAAGGAUCAGACAUUAAUCUGAUCUGCUCUGCUGACUCAUCACCUUCUGCUGAAUAUCAGUGGUUUCUGAAUAGAGACAAGCUGUCCAGUAGCGGUCCAUUGCUCAGACUGAUCAAUAUCCAGAUGAGCCAGAGUGGAAACUACAGCUGUCAGGCCUUUAAUAGCAAAACUCUGAGAUAUCAAACAUCUGAACCUUCACCUGUCUCUGUACAUGAGAGAGUCUCUAAUGUAAAAGUUACUCAAGACGUUACCCACUUGAUUGAGUUCAUUGGGUCUGUCAGCUUCUCCUGCUCCUCCUCUGGUUCUUCUCUCUCCUUCCUCUGGAUGAACAGCAGCUCUCAGAUCACAACCAGUGACAGAGUUCAGAUCACUGAUGGAGGAUCCAAGUUGACUAUAAUCAAUGUGAACAGAUAUGAUGAUGGAUCUUACAGCUGUAAUGUGUCCAAUCCUAUCAGCAAUGACAGCAGUGAUCCUGUAAACAUCUCUGUCAGCUAUGGUCCAGAGAAAGUCAACUUAGAACCACCUUCUCAAAAAUAUACAGAAGGGUCAAACAUCCAUCUGUCUUGUUCAGCUGACUCCAGACCUAAUGCCACUUUUGAUUGGUUCUUUAAUGGAAACCUGUCUGGUUCUGGAUCUGAGCUCAAACUCACCAAUGUUCAGAAGGAUCAGAGUGGAAACUACAGCUGCCGGGCCUUUAACAGCAGAACCUCAAGAUAUCAAACAUCUCAACUUUCAGUCAUAUCCGUAGUGGAAUCUGUAGGUCUCUCAGGCGGUGCCAUUGCUGCAGUAGUAAUUGUGUGCUUGAUAGCUACUGCUCUAGGAGCUGCCGGAGGCUUCUUUAUUCAUAAGAAAAUAAAAAAUGCCCAAGCUCAAUCAGAGUCAGGUAAAACAGUUAAUAUAGUAGGAUGGGAAGAUGGGGUCAGUCAUUCUGAAAAUGAAUUCUCCAUAUUUUUUCUGGGGUUUCUUUGUGUAUUUUUGUGUUUUGUUAAAUUAUCACUGAAUUACUUUCUUAAAAUGUUUCCUCCAGGUUUAUCUAAUGGAGUUGGUGUGUUACCAGAUGGUCCUCUGAAUGCCUCUGUUGGAGGGACAUUAAUGUUCACAACAAACUUGAAUCCAACAGAAACACCAUUUACGUUGGUCAACUGGCAGUUUGAUCCUGGUUCAGGACUUGAACUCAUAAUUUUCUCACAGUCUACUGGAGACACAACUGCACCAGAAUAUGAAGGCAGGAUCACUCUCUUCAGAUCAACUGGAUCUCUGGAACUCAGGAAUCUGAAACUCAGUGAUAGUGGAGAGUACAUAGUAAGCAUUCAAGAUGGAAUAAAUCAAAAGACAGGACGCACCACACUGAAUGUUUAUGAACCAGUCUCCAAUGUAAAUGUCUUCCUGCUAAGUGCAGACUUGAUUGAGUUCAGCAGCUCUGUCAGGCUGUUCUGCUCCUCCUCUGGAUCUUCUCUCUCCUUCCUCUGGAUGAAAGACGGCUCUGAGGUUACAGCCAGUGACAGAGUUCAAAUCAACACAAAUGAAGAAAACUCCAAUCUGACAAUAGUAAAUGUGACCCGAAAUGACCAGGGAUCAUACACCUGCCAUGUGUCUAAUCUUGUCAGUUCUUUCAUCAGUGAUCCAGUAAAAAUCUCUGUUAGUUAUGGUCCAGAUAAUGUACAAAUAGAAGUGUAUCCAUCUAAGGAACAUCAUGAAAAAGGAUCAGACAUUAAUCUGACCUGUUCUGCUGACUCAUCACCUUCUGCUGAAUAUCAGUGGUUUCUGAAUGGAGACAAGCUGACCAGUAGCGGUCCAUUGCUCAGACUGAUGAAUAUCCAGAUGAAUCAGAGUGGAAACUACAUCUGUCAGGCCUUUAAUAGCAAAACUCUGAUAUCUCAAACAUCUGAACCUUCACCUGUCUCUGUACAUGAACGAGUCUCUAAUGUAAAGGUUACUCAAGACGUUACCGACUUGAUUGAGUUCAGUGGGUCUGUCAGCUUCUCCUGCUCCUCCUCUGGUUCUUCUCUCUCCUUCCUCUGGAUGAACAGCAGCUCUCAGAUCACAACCAGUGACAGAGUUCAGAUCACUGAUGGAGGAUCCAAGCUGACUAUAGUCAAUGUGAACAGAUAUGAUGAUGGAUCUUACAGCUGUAAUGUGUCCAAUCCUGUCAGCAGUGCCAAGAGUUAUCCUGUAAACGUCUCUGUCAGCUAUGGUCCAGAGAAAGUCAACUUAAAAUCACAAUCUCAAAAAUAUCCAGAAGGGUCGAACAUCAGUCUGUCUUGUUCAGCUGACUCCAGACCUAAUGCCACUUUUGAAUGGUUCUUUAAUGGAAACGUUCUGUCUGGUUCUGGAUCUGAGCUUGAACUCCUCAAUGUUCAGAAGAAUCAGAGUGGAAACUACAGCUGUCGGGCCUUUAAUAACAUAACCUCAAGAUAUCAAACAUCUCAACUUUCACCUAUCUCUAUAGUGGAUGCUAGUAAACCUGCAGGCCUCGUUGUUGGCGCCAUUGCUGGAAUAGUAAUUACAUGUUUGUUAGUUGUUGCUGCAGGAGCUGCUGGAGGCUAUUUCAUCUACAAAAGAAGAGAAAAUGUGAAACCUCCAUCACAUUCAGGCACAACAGAGCAACAACAUGAUUAUGAAAAUAUGCCAAGAAUAAAGAAAAAUAAGGAAGAAGGUCAUGUUUAUGAGAAUUUUGCAGCUACACAAAGAAGUAAAGAACCAGAACAUGUGUAUGAGGAAAUGGCACCGAUAGAGAAGAAAUAAAAUUAACAGCUUUGGGUCCUUUAAAGAUGAUCAGAGAAAAAAUCAUGAUACAACAGGAAGAAACUGAUAAUGUUCUGCAGUAUUUUUGCCUUUUGGGUUUAUUCCUAUUUAUCUCCUUGCUGAAAGUUUUAAAGUCUUACAAUAAUAAAUCAAAUAUGUAAAGUUUUAUACAUUCUUCAAACAUUGUUAAAAUGUUUACUACCUCCAUAUUAAUCUAGAGUAAGAAAAUAUGUUUUUAAAAAGCUUUAUCAAUGCAAGUCUUUGAUAAGAUUUGCUUUCAGCUUUGCUAUUCAUUUAUUGUUGACUGUAAUGAUUCUAAGCAUCAACUUUUCAACCUUUUGAACCUCUACCAUUGACAUGACUGUAAACUUCUCUUAUUGGUUAUUUGGGUCCGGUUAAGUUAUUUGAAAAGGAGUGCUAUAUAUUGUCUCACCACAAUUUGUGAGAUGCUGUGUUGCAUCUCACAAAACGUAAAGAUGUUGUUUUGCUAAAAAGAGGAAGUGGUAGAGACAAAAGUAAAUGAGAACAACAUAUUCAGGGAACGUGGUUCAGUGGUAGAGCAGGAGCACCAAAUAUGGAGCCUACAGUUCUCAAUGCAGAUUACCUCAUUUCAGUUCCAGGUUCAGAACAAUUUGAUGCAUGUCUUCCCCUUGUCUCUCUGCCUUUCUUCCUGUCAAGCUACUGUUAAACAAAAACUACUAGUGCCAUAAAAAACUCUUUCCUCUCCUCAGCCUUUAGUCUAACUGAGUCAGUUUAACUGAUUGGUACAAACCUCUGUUGUCUGCAACUAGUUACAGCUCUGUUCUCUAAAAAAGCUGACAUCCACCUCCCUCUAGUGUUCAGCAGGAAAUGCAAAAAAAAAAGUUAUGAUUUAUCAUCUUGUUAUUUUAGACAGUUAAACAGUUCAGACCUCAUGUGUCAUCACUAAUUUUAAUUCAAAGCCUCAGGAUCAAGAAGCUUUAAAACAAUAUGUUUAGUGGUUCUUUGUUGUUGUCAUGAUGGCCUUAUAGACUUUCAUUGAAAUAUUUCUGCUUUUAUUGUGUUUUUGGAAUGAAGUUAAAAAUAAAUAUUAAAGAAGAAACUGGUUUUGCCUCAUCAUUAUGAGGUAAAUCUCAUAAUUAUGAGGUAGAUAUUUCAGAAAUAUUAGCCUGUUUUUAGUUUCCAUUAUUCAUCAUGUACUAAAUUACAAUUUAAAUGGAAAUCAUGUACACUGCAAAAAAACACAAAAUCUUACUAACUUUUUGUGUCUAGUUUCUAAUGUAAAUAUCUUAGUACACUUAAAAUAAGACAAAACUAACUUACAAAUAACUGCUCAGUCAGUAAAAGGAGCUUUCUUGAUGGAAAAGUAUUUGUUCCACUGUCAGAUUAUUUCACUUAUAACAUGGGAAAAAUGUCUUGUAAUUACUGAAAUAAU